AACAGCCAGUCUUCAGGCCUCUUGAAGCAGUAUUCCAGCUGUGAGCAUGGAUGGAAGCGGUGGCAAACGCCUCAGCACUCCUGAGCCCACGUGUUCCCUGGAAAAUGUCACCAUGGAGAAUUCCAGCAUGGGCCAAAUCUACGAAGUCAUGCUGCAGUCGACGAACACAUCUAAGCGCAGUCCUCAGUUUGUUGGCGUGGAGCUCCUUCAGUCUUUUAAACCCCUCAUCAUCCCCUGCUACGCUCUUGUGGUCCUGGUUGGCGUUUUUGGGAACUACCUGCUGCUUUACGUCAUCUGCCACACCAAAAAAAUGCACAACGUGACAAACUUCUUCAUUGGUAACCUAGCGUUUUCCGACAUGCUGAUGUGUGCUACCUGCGUGCCCUUUACCCUGGCAUAUGCUUUUAAUCCUCGCGGGUGGGUUUUUGGAAGAUUCAUGUGCUACCUGGUGUUCCUCAUUCAGCCGGUGACUGUGUACGUGUCAGUUUUCACACUGACAGCUAUUGGGGUGGACAGAUACUACGCUACUGUUCAUCCACUGAAGAAGCGCAUCUCAGUUCUGGCCUGCACGUAUCUGCUCUCUGGGAUCUGGAUUCUGUCGUGUGGUCUGGUGGCUCCUGCCGUGGCCCACACAUAUCAUGUGGAGUUCAAAGAUGAAGGUUUUACCAUCUGCGAGGAGUUCUGGAUGGGUCAGGAGAAACAACGGCUGGCCUACGCUUACAGCACACUCUUCAUCACCUACGUUCUUCCUCUGUCCGCUCUUUGCAUCUCCUACUUGUGUAUUUCAGUGAAGCUUCGCAAUUGCGUGGUGCCAGGUCAUCGUACCCAGAGCCAAGCGGAAACCCAGCGGGCUCGGAAGCGCAAGACGUUUCGCCUGGUGUCCUUGGUUGUCGCCGCUUUUGGGAUCUGCUGGCUGCCGAUAAGCGUCUUCAAUGUUUUACGGGAUAUUGAUAUAGACCUGAUCGACAAGCGCUACUUUCUUCUGAUCCAGCUGUUGUGUCACUUGUGUGGAAUGAGUUCGUCUUGUUGUAACCCAUUUUUAUAUGCAUGGCUCCACGAUCGUUUCAGAGCCGAACUGCGCAAGAUGUUCACCUGCCAUCGACGGAUUGGCAUCGGGAUUCCUGCUAACAACUGUGCCACUGCUAGCGUGGUCCUCUGACGGAAAAAGAGCACGUCGAGUUAGUUCGAAGACCACCGUGGCUGGCAAAACACUUGGGUUGGAAAUCUGCGGAAACCAAAGUGUUCACAUCGGUCCUGACCAGAACUCUACCAUCUGUAAGGUUCCUCCACAUGCAUCCUGUUUUAGAUGGACACAGAUGGUAUUUCUUGGACGUGCAAGCCAUGUGAGAAAGCUGUUAGAUUAAGCCACAAGAUUUCACCAUGCUGUCUGUGAUCUGAUUAUGGAGUAUCUUGGAAGGAAACUGGAUGUUGGUCUCUUUACAGAGAAAUAGUCACUAGAAAUACUGCAGCAGAAACAUAUCCAGCUUUCAAAAAAAGCAAAUGCUUCAGCUUUAAAAGUGACUCACAGCUUAUUUUAAUGCGGUUGGAUUAAAAUUGUUUAAACUGCAUGUGUUUAUACAAGAUGUCACUGAAGAUAUAUUUACACCAAAACAGAUCAAAUAUUUCAAAAGAACACAUGGCCUAGAAAUACUGUAUGAAAUAUUCAAAACUUUUACUAAUUAAAAUUUUCAUAACUUUUUAGGCCUUAAUUGUUUUUUCGUGCUCAAAAUAAAGUGUGGAAAAAAUACUAAACUUAUUGUUUUAAUGAAUGAAGAGAGUCUGGACUGGUGGGUGUUUUGUACUGAAGCUUGAAACCCAAUAAGAAGACAAUCAUUAAUAUCGCAUUGAUGUAGAUGGGAAAAAAAUGAUAUUUUGUGCUAAUCAGUCAAUAAAGUGUCCUCAGGAUGGAGUGAUUAUUUAAGAUUAAUGAAAGAUUUGGACAUAGAGACACAUUAUUGGAUAAACCAAAUAACUUCUUGUUGUUCAGGUAAAUGAAUACAGUUUGAAUAUCUCUGUAACAUUAUGUUUUCCAAAAGAAAACCAAGGAUUGUUGCUCAGACAUAGGUUUAAUGAUCUGUACAAACCUCCAGAUAUUACUGUUUGUGCUAUAGAUGGAUAAUGGAUGCUUAAGUGAAGUACAGAAUAUAAUGUUUUUGGACACAAUUGCAUGUUAUUUGCAAUUAAAUG